AUGGUGAGACAAAUAAUACAGGCUCAACAUACUCUUCAACAGGUUCAACAUCUUCAAAGUACUAAACAUAUCCUGAUAAGAAAUAUUUACCUGCAGUUGCUGCCUACCCUACCAAGAGUCCAAUGGAAAUCCCUGAUAUUCAACAACAAUGCUAGACCAAAAGCUAAAUUCAUUAUGUGGUUGCACUUCCAUGGAAGACUGUUGACUGCAGAUAGGCUGCUCAAGUGGGGAAUACAAGCUGACCCAAAGUGUGUGCUAUGUUUGACGCAUGAUGAAAAUCAGGAACAUAUGUUUGUGCAGUGCCCUUAUACCAGGAACUUAUGGGGAAAUUUGCUAGUUUGGUUGCAAAGGCCACAGAUGAAUGCUCCAACAUGGGACCACUAUAUCAACUGGACUAUCUCUAAUGCUAAAGGGAAGUCUCUGCAUGCCAGGUCCUUUAAAAUCAUAUUGGCUGAGUGUGUCUACUCUACCUGGAUUGAAAGAAAUGCCAGGCGUUUUGAAGGAAAGUCAACUGCCUACGAGAACAUUGCAAAAGGGAUUGCAAAAGGGUACAAGCUGCACCAGUAA